AACUACCUGCUUUAGGCAAUCUAAAGUCUCAGACAUGAUUAUAUAUACAAGUACCCAUUAACACAAGAGUUCAGAACUGACCUACAUUCUUUACCAACUUUUCUUGCACAAAGUUCUUCUCCUUUCUACGUUCUUUUCUUCUUCUUCUUCUUUCUUUCUUUCAACUUUGAUUCUUUCAUUUGGAUGAAGAAAAAGACUAAGAAAGAUACCAUGAGAGCUCUUCUUUUCCUGCUCAUCUUCUCUGUAGUCCUGUCAUGGUCUCCUACUACAUGGGCAGCAGAUACAAAACUAAUCAACCCAUCGAAGUUGGAAAUGUUUGUGGACGAGCUCCCAGACAUGCCAAGAGUUCGAGGUUUCAACAUUCAAAACGGUGUCCCUGUGUCGAAAUCAAUAACAAUUGGCAUGUUUCAGAAGAAAUGGAAAUUCCACAGAGAUCUCCCAGCCACUACUGUUUUCGCUUUUGGGACAUCCAAGAAGGUGGCAACUGUACCGGGCCCAACAAUUGAGGCCCUCCAUGGUGUCGAGACAUACGUGACGUGGCAAAAUCAUCUCCCUUCACAACACAUACUGCCGUGGGACCCCACCAUCCCCACUGCCAGACCCAAGAUGGGGGUCCCAACGGUUGUGCAUCUUCAUGGUGGAAUCGAUGAGCCCGAGAGUGAUGGGUACGCAAAAUCAUGGUUCACCGCUGGAUUCAAAGAGAGAGGGCCCACUUGGACCAAGAAGACGUAUCGCUAUCACAAUACCCAACAUCCAGGAAACAUGUGGUAUCACGAUCAUACGAUGGGAUUAACAAGAGAGAACAUCUUGGCCGGGCUGAUCGGGGCCUACAUUCUCCGUCAUCCUCCGGUCGAGGCCCCACUAAGAGUCCCCUACGGUGACGAGUUCGAUCGUCCGUUGAUCGUCUUUGAUCGUAGCUUCUACACCAACGGUACAAUCUAUAUGAAUUCCACGGGACAUACUCCGUCCAUACACCCACAGUGGCACCCGGAAUACUUCGGCAAUGUGAUCGUCGUCAACGGUAAAGCAUGGCCCCGGAUGACCGUACGCCGUAUGAAGUACCAGUUCCGUAUCAUCAACGCCAGCAAUUCCCGGUUUUUCCGAUUCUUCUUCACUAACGGUAUGAGAUUCAUCCACGUUGGAUCUGAUUCCGCUUAUCUGGCUCGACCAGUUAGGACCAAGAAGCUCCUCCUGGCCCCAUCCGAGAUCGCUCAUGUGAUCGUUGAUUUCUCCAAAUCAACGUCCGACAUGGUGAUCUUAGCCAAUGGUGCAGCGUAUCCGUAUCCGUCUGGUGAUCCUACGAACGAUAUCAACGGGAAGGUCAUGAGAUUCGAAAUCAACGGACAACAUGAGGUUGACACGACACGCGUUCCACCGAGAUUGAUGAAGUAUCCGAGUCCCGAUAUAUCAAGUGCUUCUACAACCCGAUACAUAUCGAUGUACGAGUACAUGACACCAAUGGCAAUGGAUAUGCCUAGUGUCCUGUAUUUGAAUGGGAAAUCAUUCGAUGAUCCAGUAACGGAGAUGCCAAGGGCGGGGACCACCGAGAUUUGGAAUGUGAUCAAUCUGACGGGUGACAAUCAUCCGUUGCACAUUCACUUAGGCUUGAUCACGGCUUUGGAACAGACGAAGCUGGUUGAACUUGAAGAGUUCAAAGAAUGCAUGAUGAUGAAGAACGACGCGAUCGAGUGCCAAGUAAGCAAGUAUGCACGUGGCAAGAGGAAACCGGUGCCAGCUCAUGAGAGAGGGUGGAAGAACGUGUUCAAGAUGAGACCGGGUUACGUGACCAAGAUCCUAGUCAGAUUCUCUUUCAUCCAUUCAAAUGCUUCCUAUCCCUUCGAUGCAACAGCGGAGCCUGGUUACGUCUACCAUUGCCACAUAUUGGAUCAUGAAGAUAAUGCAAUGAUGAGGCCUUUGAAGCUCAUAUCUUGAGCAAUGAGCCCCAACAAUUCACAUAAAGGCUAGAGCCUCAAUGAGAAAGAGAACAAGGAAGAAGAGGCCAUGAAUUCAAUAAAAAUCUGCUUGUAUUUUAUGGGUUUGUGUAUUUUGAUAAAGUAAAGUAGUAAAAGUUGUAGGCCUUGUGGCUUUCACUUAAUAAAAUGAGAUGUCUAUGG